CUCUUUCUGUAGCAUCACAGGCAUCCAUUUUAGCCGAGGCAAUUUCCCUGAAGUUGCGUCAAUUUUCGAACAUAAAAGCACGAUGGCCGAACAAGAGUACGACGCAAGCGGUAAUGGAGACUUCCAGGGAGACAUGGGUGGUGAAUGCGACAAUGUGGAGAACGAAGAUGCCCUGCUGAACGGCGCCGAAAACGGCAACGGUGACCAGGGGCAGCAGCAGCAGCAGAUCGAGUCAUCCGGCAGAGACGACGACAGAAAAUUAUUCGUCGGAGGACUCAGUUGGGAGACCACCGACAAGGAGCUGCGGGAACACUUUUCCAAGUUUGGUGAAAUCGAGAGCAUCAACGUGAAGACUGACCCCAACACCGGCCGCUCAAGAGGAUUCGCUUUCAUCGUUUUCGGAACCGCCGAGGGCCUCGAAAAGGCUUUGAACGCCGGCGAUCAUGUAAUUAACAGCAAGAAAGUCGACCCUAAGAAAGCAAAGGCCAGGCACGGCAAGAUUUUCGUCGGUGGCCUGCCCACCGAUCUCAGUGAUGACGAAAUCAAAGCCUUCUUCUCAAACUUCGGAGUCAUCAUGGAAGUAGAAAUGCCCUUCGACAAAGUCAAGAACCAGCGCAAGGGCUUCUGCUUUAUCACCUUUGAAUCCGACCAAGUGGUGCAGGAGCUGCUCAAAACCCCCAAACAGACCAUCAAUGGCAAAGAGGUGGACGUAAAGAAAGCGACGCCAAGGCCAGAGAACAUGGGUGGCAUGCGCGGAGGAAGAGGCAGAGGACAUCCACGCGGCGGCCGAGGAGGUCGUGGCGGACGUGGUCGUGGAGGCGGCGGUUUCGGAGGCAGCCAGAAUAACUACAAUAAUGGCUGGAGCCACGGCGAGGGAAAUGACGGCGGAUACGGCGGUGGCUACGACUACUACGGAAACGGCGGCUACGGCAACUACGGCGGAUACGGAGGCUACGACUACACCGGAUACAAUUAUGGCAACUACGACUACGGCUAUGGCAAUAAUUAUGAUGGAGGCUAUGGACGCGGUGGCCCCCGUGGUAAAGGCUAUGGCGGUGGCAAACAGAGGGGUGGUCGUGGAAUGCAUCGGCAGCAACCGUACUAGUUGCCCUCCCUCACAGUACUUAAUUCUCAUUCAGACAUCGAUGUUUUAAUUUUUUGAGCAAUCUUAAUUCAGCACAACACCGAAGCACUCCCACCCGCUAAACUCAAGUCAUGACAUAAAUUAGUAUCCGCUCAUCUCGGACGAGUCUGUCGGCUCUGCAAGUUUUCCGUCGCCAUUCCACACACCACACACAUCCACACACUCACACACACACGCAACACACACAUAGUUGGAAAUAAUACAAGAAUAUAUUUAUUGUCUGGUGAAGUGCAUGGUUUUAAGAAUGCCACGAGAGACAAUUACUGAGGAAAAAAAUAAAACUGUUCAUCGUGCGAGUGUCGCCCGUGUCGCCUCCCUUCAACAAGUCGGCCAAUGUGUGAUUAGAUUGGCCAUCUCAUUUAUCAAUAUGAAUGUAAACAAUUCUUAAGGCAUUAGUUUCUAAGUUGUCUCGCUUAACUCUAGUGAAGUAAAGAGAGCGUUUGGAAUGUUGUUCGAAAAAUUUUAACGCCAACGGUACAGUGGGAAGAGCAACUGUAUGUCCUCAAAAUAAACAAGCCCUUUGUAACAAACCAUGAUGUUUAAUUAAAUUAAUUAGUUUUUCUUUAA